UUGUCAUCACACACCGUGAAUAGUAAACAACAGCAGCUUCGGUAUACCGUUAGCUUGGACUAACGCCGUGUGUCCUGGAGGCCACGUCCCGGUUUAACGACGAGUAGACUCCGACUGGUGUUUCUGGAGAAGCAGAAGGCCACCUCUCUAAUCUCCCGUCAGAAGAGGAAUGUGGGAACGCCGUCCUCCACCUUGGAACAGGCGUGCAUGGAGAAAGUGUGCACCUACGAGGAGGCCAGAAAGUAUUUCCAGGACUCGUACCGCACGGAUAUUUUCUGGUCAGUUUACAUCGAUGGAGAUCAGUGUGCAGAGAACCCCUGCAAGAAUGGAGCCAUGUGUUCGGACAGUGUGGGCGGCUACGACUGCAUCUGCAAGUCUGGUUUCACCGGGGUCCACUGUGAAAAAGAUGAGACUCUUUGCACUCUGGAAGAAAACAAGGGCUGCUCGCAGUUCUGCAAACCGGGCUACACGUCUUACGAGUGUUCCUGCGCUCGUGGGUGGAAGCUCAGCCGUUCGAACAAGGUCAAGUGUGAGCCGGCAGUCACGUUCCCCUGUGGAAAGGUGAACAGCCUGAGUCAGUGGAACAGCAGACAGUCCAGCAACAGUCAGAGCAACUUUGAAGGACUAACUUGUACGUCCACAGAGUGUCCUUGGCAGGCUCUGCUGAUGACGUCACUGUCUGAAGGUUUCUGUAGUGGAGUCAUACUGAAGGAGAACCUGAUCCUGACGUCGGCCCAGUGUGCCAACAAACACACCUCGUUCCAGGUUGCAGUUGGGAAACGCAGCAUCAGAGAUGACGGGCAGACGCUGUACACAAAAUUAGUUCAUGUCCACCCUCGUUACGUGGAAGGCCGUCCUGACAACGAUUUGGCGGUGAUCGAGCUCCGCAACCGUAUAGUGUUUAAGAUGAACAUCGUUGCCGCCUGCCUGCCUGAGAGGGACUUUGCUGAGAGCAUCUUGAUGUCAGGAGAGCUCCCAGCUGUUGUCACCGGCUGGAAAACCACGGAGCAGGGGCCUGUUUUCCAGAGCUCGCUCACUCUUAACCACCUGAAGUACGAACAGCUGCCUCAGUGUGUGAAAACACACCCCACGCUGAUGACCAACAAAAUGGGCUGCACGUUUCCACGACCCAAUGCGGACUGCACCAUGAGCUCCGGCAGCCCCCUGCUUACACUGUACAGAGAUGUGUUCUUCCUCACCGGGGUGGUGAUCCAGCCAGAGGGGGCCGAAUGCAGUAAAGGAUACAUCUUCCAAAAAGUGUCGCGCCACCUCAGCUGGCUGCGGUCAGUCAUGGGCUCACGUUAGAUGAAGUCAUGUGGAGGUAAAUUAGGAAAAGCAGGGAAUCUAAUGUACAUUUUCUCUCGUUUAGCUCAAACUCUUUAUUAGCAUAAUGUGUGUUUUAAAAGACAUCAAAUAAACCCUUCUAGCUUUACACUUCCUCAUUUAUCCACAUGGUGGCUCUCUGUUAACAUCAACAGUAAAUCUCAUAACUUGCUGUUAGACUUGUAAAUUAUUCAGCAUGUUUGUGAUGUGAGCUUCUAAUGUUUACGUGAUGUUAUAUGUUAACAACAUCUGUACGGGUUGACA